GUACGCGGGUGGGCGUGGGAGGAGGCGGGGAACACUGGAGGGGAGCGAGGGGGCGGGUGUCGCGGGAGGGAAGGAGCGAACCGGAGAGCGUCGUCCUGAGAGGAGUGAAGGCGGCAAAAUGGCGGACCGCUUCUCCCGCUUCAACGAGGACCGAGACUUUCAGGAUUUCAGCAGUCAAACAAACAGGAUUUGCAGGGCCUUGAAAGAUUUUGAAAACUGGAGAGCAGAGUAUGAAUGCCGUCACCUGAAAAAACUGAGAAAGCCUCUACUUUUUCAAGGUAAUCACUUUGAUCAGUAUGAAGAAGGACAUUUGGAAAUUGAACAAGCAUCACUUGACAAGCCUAUAGAAUCGGAUAAUAUUGGACAUCGCUUACUCCAGAAACAUGGGUGGAAGCUGGGCCAGGGAUUGGGAAAAUCUCUUCAGGGGAGAACAGAUCCCAUUCCAAUCGUUGUCAAGUAUGAUGUCAUGGGCAUGGGUCGCAUGGAAAUGGAGCUUGAUUAUGCCGAAGAUGCUACCGAACGGCGCCGUGUCCUAGAAGUAGAAAAAGAAGACACGGAAGAACUGAGACAGAAGUACAAGGAUUAUGUUGAUAAAGAGAAGGCAAUUGCCAAAGCGUUGGAAGACCUCAGAGCCAACUUUUACUGUGAACUCUGUGAUAAGCAAUAUCAGAAACAUCAGGAAUUUGACAACCAUAUCAACUCCUAUGAUCAUGCACACAAGCAGAGGCAUCAAACACUGAGACUUGAAGUGGGUAACCUGGCCAAGCAACUACAGCAUGACUACUCCAGUUUUGGAGGGGAAAGGAGUUCCUCAUUAAUGUUAUGUCAUUGGAGAGAGGCAGGAAACAGUGGGAAGCAGAGGCCAUGGAUUUUGGCUGAUGUAUUGAAAGCAAAUCCUUCUAAUUUGGGAGCCCAGAUCACAAGAAGAUUGAAAGAUCUCAAGCAGAGAGAGUUUGCUCGAAAUGUCUCUUCAAGAUCCCGCAAAGAUGAGAAGAAGCAGGAGAAAGCCCUACGGCGGCUCCACGAGUUGGCAGAGCAAAGAAAACAAGCUGAAUGGUGAGGACAUUUUCUCUCCGAGGAGUCUACAA